AUGAGUUUUCUUUAUCCCGAUUACAGAACCUUAGAAAUACGGAGGCUGCACUCAUCGACUGUGAAAGCGUGUAUAGGACUGCACCCAACGGAAGCUAAUCUCGAAAUACUGCCCGAUGUUUUGGCUCUGAUUCGUAAGAAUGCCCACGACUUGGUUGGAAUUGGUGAGUGUGGUCUAGACUUUACACCUAAGGUACUAGGUAAUGACGGUGAUAAGGUCAAACAAAUACAGCGACAUGUCUUUGCUGCUCAAGCUGCGCUGUCCGUGGAACUGGAUCUGCCGCUGAAUGUACACAGCAGGUGUGCAGGUCACCAUGCCAUCUCGCUGUUGAAGGAGGCCGGAGUCAAAAGAUGUGUACUGCACGCAUUCGACGGGAAGCCAAAGUAUGCACGACAAGCUGCUGAGAGUAUGGGCUACUUUUUCUCUAUUCCGCCGUCAGCAGUGAGGUCCCCUGAGAAAAGGAAGCUAAUCAGUCAGCUUCCUUUGAGCAGUCUGCUGAUCGAAACAGAUUCUCCAGCUCUCGGGCCAACAAGUAAAGACCGCAAUGUACCCAGCAAUGCCGUGAUUGCUUGCCAGGUGAUCUCAGAAGUUAAAGGCAUUUCUGCAGAGGAGGUGGCACAUACAACCACCGAGAAUGCAACCAAAUUAUUUAAGCUCUCGUUUUGAGCCGCACUGGACGUUUAGGUCCAUUUUAAAUUUACCAGUUGGUACACCAAAAGUUGGAACUGCAUUUGACAUUCUAGAUAUUUUUUCGAAAUAUUCUAUCAAGUUGAUAUCAGGAAAGUCUUUUUCGAGACUCAGUCACCUGUUGUCACCAUAACACGACAUGAAUAGCAUAAAGCAUAUGGUCUGGGAGCGUACUGAAUGUUAAAUUGAGAAGCGUAAGACGAUAGAUUCUUAGUAAGCGAAUACAUUGUCGUUAUAGUAGAUGUACAAGGUGUACAUGUUGCUCCAAAAGUACAACUGUUUUGUUGCGUAGUUUCAAUUAAAAUCACCAAGACACAUAG